AUGGGGCUUCUCAAUCAAGAGCUGCUCGGCCAAUCAGACACGUGGAAAAGGGUGCUAUUUCAGCUGCCUGACCGAGAGCUGCAGGAUCGGAUGGAUGCCACGUGGCGCAGCGACAGCAGGCGUGCGUCAGCAGCUGCUGACGUCAACCUGUACAGGUGGCAGCAGUUGGAGGCCACCACACGAGCUGCGGCUAAGAAGGUAAGCACUACCCUCCCUCCCUCAGUCAUAACCUUUGCUAAGAAGGUAAGCACUACCCUCCCUCCCUCAGUCAUAACCUUUGCUAAGAAGGUAAGCACUACCCUCCCUCCCUCAGUCAUAACCUUUGCUAAGAAGAAUGUAACCCUAAGGAAGGCUGUAGAGGAGAUAGUGUUUGCCUUCACAUACCCUCGCCUCGAUCUGGAGUCGACUCAAAAGCUCGCCACGCCUGAUUUCUCUACGCCUCUGUCUCUAUACGUCUUUGUCUCUGUGCCACUCUGUCUCUGUGCCACUCUGUCUCUGUGCCACUCUGUCUCUGUGCCACUCUGUCUCUGUGCCACUCUGUCUCUGUGCCACUCUGUCUCUGUGCCACUCUGCCUCUCUGUCUCUCUGCCUCUCUGUCUCUCUGUCUCUCUGUUCCUGUGCCUCUCUGUCUCUCUGCCUCUCUGCCUCUCUGUCUCUCUGUCUCUCCGUCUCUCUGUCUCUCUGUCUCUCUGCCUCUCUGUCUCUGUGCCUCUCUGUCUCUCUGUCUCUCUGUCUCUCUGUCUCUCUGCCUCUCUGUCUCUCUGCCUCUCUGUCUCUGUGCCUCUCUGCCUCUCUGUCUCUCUGUCUCUCUGCCUCUCUGUCUCUCUCUGUUCCUCACAGGUCUCAAAGCACAUGAACCAUUUGCUCAAGGCCCCGUUCUGCGUGCACCCAAAGACAGGUGCUGUGUGUGUGCCCAUCGACCCAGCCAACUGUGCUGACUUCGAGCCAAGCCAAGCCCCCACACUCAAUCAGCAGGUGGAUGGGAUCGAUGCGGCUCAUGGGGCAUCAGAUCUAAUGAAUGAGAUCAAUGCAGCCCAUCGGGAAUCAGAUGGCGCCGCUGCUGCACCCACUGGCAGGCCUCCUUGCCUUAAUUCUCCCUCCUUAUCCUCCACCGUUCUCCCCCGCCCUUCCCUCCCCUCACAGCUGAUGAAUGAGAUCAAUGCAGCCCAUCGGGGACCAGAUGGCGCCGCUGCUGCGGCCAUGGGUAAGGGCUCCUUGCCUCUUUUCCUCCUCCUCACCUUCCUUACCUCUACCCUUAUUUCUGUCCUUCGUUUCGUGCCUUGUCGAUACUCUGGUGCAUUUGAUGUGCAAUACGUGGACUUUUGA